ACCAAAACUCAUCACCAAAGCAAAUCAAAACACAACCAACUUCGCCUUAAUGACUCGUAAAUUUUUGUUGGAGUGUGACAUUCGCCAAAAAAAUCUUUAAUUUCGUGUGAAAAAUCUGAAUAAAUUUCUCUGAAAAUAUGGGUCAAAACCAAUCUGGCCAAAGUGGUAGUGGCGAUAAGAAAGACGACAAAGACAAGAAGAAGAAGUAUGAACCACCAAUUCCAACUCGCGUUGGCAAGAAGAAGCGCCGCGCAAAGGGGCCCGAUGCAGCCAUGAAACUGCCCCAAGUCACACCGCACACACGGUGUCGCUUGAAGCUGUUAAAAUUGGAACGAAUCAAGGAUUACCUCAUGAUGGAGGAUGAAUUUAUUCGUAAUCAGGAACGAUUGAAGCCACAGGACGAAAAGAACGAAGAGGAACGCUCCAAGGUCGAUGACCUUAGGGGGACACCCAUGUCUGUGGGCAAUUUGGAAGAGAUUAUCGAUGAUAAUCACGCAAUUGUUUCGACUUCCGUUGGGAGCGAACAUUAUGUUAGCAUUUUGUCAUUUGUCGAUAAGGAUCAGCUCGAGCCUGGUUGCUCGGUUCUGCUCAAUCACAAAGUCCACGCUGUUGUGGGCGUAUUGGGGGAUGACACUGAUCCCAUGGUCACUGUGAUGAAGUUGGAGAAGGCUCCGCAAGAGACCUACGCCGAUAUCGGUGGCUUGGACACUCAGAUUCAAGAAAUCAAAGAAUCUGUAGAGUUGCCUCUCACUCACCCUGAGUACUACGAGGAAAUGGGUAUCAAGCCUCCAAAGGGUGUCAUUCUCUAUGGCGCCCCAGGUACCGGCAAGACUUUGCUAGCCAAGGCUGUGGCCAAUCAGACGUCUGCGACUUUCCUACGUGUCGUUGGUAGUGAACUGAUUCAGAAAUAUCUCGGAGAUGGUCCCAAACUCGUGAGGGAACUCUUCCGCGUGGCAGAGGAACACGCACCUUCCAUCGUGUUCAUCGACGAAAUCGAUGCCGUUGGCACAAAGCGUUAUGACUCCAAUUCGGGAGGAGAACGUGAAAUUCAGAGAACUAUGUUGGAACUGUUGAAUCAACUCGAUGGUUUCGAUUCAAGAGGUGAUGUCAAGGUAAUCAUGGCAACAAACCGAAUUGAGACUUUAGAUCCCGCUCUCAUCCGUCCUGGUCGUAUCGACAGGAAGAUUGAGUUCCCAUUGCCAGAUGAGAAGACAAAACGUCGCAUUUUCACCAUCCACACAUCGCGAAUGACCCUUGCCGAAGAUGUGAAUCUCAGUGAGCUCAUUAUGGCGAAGGAUGAUCUCUCUGGAGCCGAUAUUAAGGCAAUCUGUACCGAAGCUGGUUUGAUGGCACUCCGUGAACGUCGUAUGAAGGUUACAAAUGAAGACUUUAAGAAGUCCAAGGAAAGCGUACUCUAUAGGAAGAAGGAAGGAACGCCCGAGGGAUUAUACCUUUAAAUUAAUUAAACAUCAAACUGUCGUUCCCAUCAACUUUUUUUUUAUUAAUAAUAUUUUUUCUAUUAAAUGUGUAUUAAUCUUUAUCGAGAGAAUAAACUAGUAGCAAUAGGCAAGUCCUUGGCGAACA